GUGCCCCUAUGAAGAAGAAACACAGAUGUAGGAAUCGCGUUCUGGACAAACAGAACACUUUUGGCCCUUUUCCCUUUCCGUACGAAACCCGGAACUAUGGCUCCUCCUCAAUGCUCACCUUCUCCCUGCCGGUGCCUUUCGGCUUCAGGUCAGUCCCAAGAUGGCGAAGUUGCUGAGCUGCAUUGUGGGCCCGCGGCUGUACCGGGUCUAUCGGGAACGAGACCCUGUCAGAAUCCGUCGCAUUAGAGCUGAGGCCGAAGACACGUCCCAAGGCCUCCUAGAACCUUCUUGGGAGUCUUAUUACCAGCCACGGACCCUUGAAAAACAUGCCGAUAGCAUCCUCGCACUGGCUUCCGUACUGUGGUCCAUUUCCUAUUACUCCUCCCCGCUCGCUGUGUUUUACCUGUACCGAAAAGGGUAUUUAACGAUGUCGAAAGUUGUUGCUAUUUCUCACUAUGCCGGGACUAUGCUGCUCUUGCUGGCUGGGAUUGCCUGCCUCAGAGGCAUUGGUCGUUGGACAAACCCCCAGUACAUCCAGUUCAUCACCAUCCUUGAGGAUGCAUACAGAUAUGGCACCCCCGAGCACAAGAAGAAACUCGCUAGCUACAACUUUGACUUCAGGAGUUGGCCUGUGGACUUCCGGUGGGACGACGUCACAAGUCGGUCAGAUUCACGAAAUGUUUCUCUGUUGCGGUCAGAACCAAAGCACCGAAGUAUGGUCAACGGCUUCCUACAUACCAUUAAGAAGCUACCCUGCCAGAUUGCCAGCUAUUUAGUGGCUCACACCUUUGGACGGCGUAUGCUGUACCCAGGCUCUGUGUAUCUACUGCAGAAGGCCCUUAUGCCCAUGUUGCUUCAAGGACAGGCCCGACUGGUGGAGGAAUGCAAUGGAACAAGAGCAAAGCUGGCGGCUUGUGACGGAAACGAAAUAGACACCAUAUUCAUGGACCGGAGAGAGACCUCAGAGCCACAAGGCAGGAAACUGGUGAUAUGCUGUGAAGGAAAUGCAGGUUUCUAUGAAGUUGGCUGCCUCUCCACCCCCCUAGAUGCUGGAUACUCUGUGCUGGGAUGGAAUCACCCUGGAUUUGCAGGCAGCACGGGAAUACCACUGCCGCAGAAUGAGGCAAAUGCCAUGGAUGUGGUGAUACAGUAUGCCCUCCACCGCUUGGGCUUUCUUCCUGAGGACAUCAUCCUCUACGCCUGGUCCAUUGGGGGUUUCACAGCCACUUGGGCAGCCAUGUCCUAUCCAGACAUCAGCGCCCUUAUCCUGGAUGCCUCCUUCGAUGACCUCGUUCCUCUUGCCCUCAAGGUCAUGCCGGAAAGCUGGAGGGGCUUGGUCACCAGGACAGUGAGGCAGCAUCUGAACCUCAAUAAUGGGGAACAGCUUUGCAGGUACCAGGGACCCGUGUUGCUGGUGCGCCGGACCAAAGAUGAGAUCAUCACUACAACGGUUCCUGAAGAUAUUAUGUCCAACAGAGGCAAUGACUUGCUUCUGAAGUUACUACAGCACAGGUAUCCCAAAGUCAUGGCCGAAGAGGGUGUCAGAGUCGUAAGGGAAUGGCUGGAGGCUUCCACGCCCCUGGAGGAAGCCUCUGUUUAUAGCCGCUAUGAAGUGGAAGAUGACUGGUGUCUGUCAGUACUGAAGUCAUACAAAGCCGAAGAUGGAGAUGAGUUUCCCUGGAGUGUCGGUGAUGACAUGACACCUGAAGGAAGACGGCAGCUUGCACUGUUCCUGGCCCGGAAGCACCUCCAAAACUUUGAAGCGACACACUGCACCCCACUCCCUCCCCUAGAAUUUCACCUCCCUUGGAGCUUAUAGCACCCCUUUCCUCUUCCCCUCCAGCACUCAUGGCUUUCCUGUAUCAAUGUUUGCCGCUGCUACCACCGCUACCUGCAUUGUGCAUUUGCUUUUCUUGCGCAUGUGUGUGUGUCUCUGACCAUCACCAUUACCUUCCCACCUGCAUGCUGUAAAUUUGCAGUCCUCUCCCCUGUAAUAUUUAUCCUCUAACCCCAAAACCCACACCCAUUGUAGAGGUUCACAAUAAAGAUGGUAUUUUUUUA